AUGAAAUGGACUGUGACACCUGUCAAAUAUCUCGGAGUGCCCUUAGAACAUUAUCGCGAUACAACGCAAUACUGGAACGAGGAAACGAAACGUGUUAGGGAACAAACAGAUAAAUGGGGUGGGCGGGAUUUCUCCGUUUUCGCGCGUGCCACAGUUUGCAACGUGUUUUUAGUCGCGAAAGUGUGGUAUGUUCUUCAAGUGCUUUGUAUGUCUCGUACCAACGUGCAGAAGUUGCACAGAGUCUUUGCAGUGUUCGUGUGGCGUUCAACAUGGGAAAGAUGCAGCAGAACUAAUUUAUUUCGAUCAGUCCGUAGCGGCGGACUAAGUUUAUGUCAUUUAUUUCUCAAACAAGUUGUGUCAAGAUUUAUUUUUUUGCGCGACCAAAAUAACGGAUUUCUGCGAACAAUUUUACAAUUACGAAUGAGUGAUGUAAUUCCUGAAUACGUUGUAUCAAAUGUCACAAAAAAAGGGAGUGUUCGCGGCUUUCUUCGUGAGGUCGUUAUGUCUUUUCGGAUGCUAAAGGUGAGAUUCUCAAUGGAGUACCUAAGUAAUGUACCUAAAAAGCGUUUAUACAAGGAUCUGAUUGAUAUUAUGUUGCCAGUGCCCAUAUAUCGUGCCAUGUAUUGUGUAGGUUCGGAAGGUGACGUGUUGAAACGUGUUAAAAAAAUGACAGUCCGCUCCUCAGUUAAGACGUUCUUCUUUCAGCUCCAUACCAAUACCUUGCCAGUUAAACCAUGGUUGCAAGAGAGAGGACUGUUCGUACCGUGGUCAGUUAAUUGUCUCAUUUGUUCAAAGCCUGAGACAAUAGAACACAUUUUCUUAGACUGCAGGGAUGCAAUAUUCCACUGGGAUGUCUUGCAAAGAACGCUGAAAAAAGAGCUCCCUAUAUCACCCUACGGUAUCCGCUUUCUCCCAGUUGAAAAAGAAAACGACGUGCCCUAUGACAUGAUCAUGACGCUGAGCCUACACAGCAUAUGGAAAACACGAAUGGCCGUACGAAAUGCUGAUGUGGAUGGCAAACCAGCCAGACAAUUUUUUAUUGAAAGUGUUUCUCAAAUAAGAGACGUGUAUAAAUCUCAGGCUGAACCACCAGAAUGGUUACCUGUACUGGAUACACUGGUGACCUUAAAGCGUUUUUAACAUGUGCAUUUCGAGAAGUAUAUGUAAUGACUAUGUAACACUUUGUUUUGUUCUUACCAUAGUAUGGUGAAUGUACUGCAUCUUUGAUUAUCCGGCAAUAAAGAAAAAAAAAAAAAAAGGGGGUGUAGCUCAGUGGUAGAGCGCUUGCUUCGCAUGUGAGAAGUCCCGGGUUCAAACCCCGGCACCUCCAGUGUGGUGUAAAA